CCGCAGCAGCUCAACUCAACACAGUCACAACUACAUGGAGAAAACACAGACGAACCGAUCGGAGGAGAAACCGGAGCUUCACAAACAGGAAUCAGGAUGGUGUAUACGGCGGCUCUGCUCUGCGGACACGGAGAGUCCGUCCAGUCGGAGGAACACAGCGUUGUAGAGAUGAUAGGGAGGUAUUUCCUCCAGCUCACCACACCGGGAACACCGGGAACACCGGGCAGCUCAGGCCGGCGGGGGAGCGUCGAGAGCUGCGACGAGAGAGACAACAACUCGCCUGUUGCCAACAUGGACCCUGGUUUGGAGCAUGAAGAGCGUCUCCUGCAGCAGGGUGUGACCCGGCAGAUAGAGCGCUGUCUGACAGAGGCUAAAGCUUCCACCCUCCACUGCCAGAUGUUGCUGCUGCCUCGCCAGAUGACCGCCAGGGUCGGCCAGGACGUGGCGCGCUCCUCUGCUGAUGAGCCCUGCGGGCUCCGGGGCGCCUCCAUCGCAGUCUACGUUGAGGGCAAAGACGGCCUGAAGUCUGUGGGGAGCAUCCUCGUCGACCCAAGUGUCACCCCAACAUUUGAACUGUCUGUGAUCUUCAAGGCGGACAAGGAGGACGGCUGGCCGCCGCUCAAGCACAUCUUUGAUACCAACAAAGUGUUGAAGCUGAAACCAGAGUACAGGCUGGUGAAGAGGAAGCUCUACUCCUCAGCCAGCCCUGUCAUUCAUGAUUUCAUUUAGGGGGCAAGUUAAGAAUGAAAACCCCGUUUCACUGUUUACCUCUUUUUUUGUGUGAAUGUUAUUCUCAAUUUUUGAGAAGAAAAUGCGGGAGUUUGGCUGUGUUAUAUUUGAGCUCUUAAGGAAGUGGAUUGUUCUUUGUUCAUGUAUGAAUGUCUAACCUAGAGCAGGAGGUCAAACUGCUUGUUCUAAAUGGAUACAGUAUUUUUGCACAGACUGGUUGAAUGUUAAAACGUGUACACUGAAAACAUAAAAACUUGCUUCCAGGACUGGGCUGGUCUCACUCCUGAAGUGUUUUGUACUUCUGUUAUUUAUGCAAUUGUUAAAUAAAUUUUUCACACUACAA